UCGGUGGCAUUAGUGCGUUAAUAUGAUGCGCGGCAGGCACGUCGUACUCGAGCAACGAGCACACUCGUCGCGAUCGAGGCCCGUUCCGAGCUCCGCGGCCUCAGCUGAGCGGGAUCGCGUGAAAAUCGCAUGAGUUUCAGUCUUAAUCUCGAACAGAGUAAGUUUGACGCGUGUGAUCGCAUGAGGAACGGGUGCGGAUCAUAUAUGUAGCUCGCAAUUUAAUGCUUUCGCGACCGAUAACACUAUACGUUUAGACGUAGUAUUAUACGUUUUUCUAUUUUUAUAAAUUCUUCAGAAUUGUUAUAGUAAUACGUCAUAGUAAUGCGUCUUUUCGCGAGUCAAAACUGAUUAGUACAUGAGUCGUUUUAUUAUAUUAUACGAUCGAUGAAUCAAACCUUCAACAGAGGAAGAUAAUUUAUUAAAAUUUUAAACAUAUUAUUUUUUAAUAACGAAUUAGUGACGAGAUUUGCUAAAAAUCGAGUAGAUGUACCUGACGAAUAUAUAGACUCAAGAACAUUUCACAGUGAACAUUCACGAGUGAGGAAUUAAAACAAUAUCCCGCGAAAAAUAUCGAGUUAAAAAUACUACGUCGAAAAAUCCGAGGAAGCGAUCGGUCGCUUCCAUGAUAUAUGUGUACAAGAAUACACAUCUCGGUAACAUAUGAGAAAACAAAAUGGAUUCAACAUGCGCGAUGUGCGUGUAUGCGUGAGAACGCGUAAAAGCGUCGCCUGCAAACAUUAAGUACUCGUUUUGAAGAGUCCAGUCCAGUCGAAAGUGCUCGGAUGCAUUCAAUGUGUCUCCAAGAAAAUGCAGUUUCGCGAUGUACUGUCAGCUUGAGAGAAUGUCUGAGGAGUGACAGUGGGAAGCGUGAUGAAAUCAGUGAAAUUCCAGACGAUUCUAGAUAAUAGAAACGACGAUUUUCUUUCAAUAUGUAUUCAAAAUUGCAGUGACAAAAUCGAUAUUUUUAUUCGUUAAAUCAUCGAGGAUCCUUGGUUUUAAAUAAUGACUCUGAUUCUAUCAUAUAAACAGUUGUGUUUUAUAAAGUUUCAAUGAUUUCAAAAUUGAAAGUCACCUGUAUUGAUCAUCGAAAUUAACUAUCGUAUAAUUGCUAGAAAUCCAAAGAAAAUUAUAUUGAGAAAUUAUAUUGAGAAAUUAUUAAAAAAACGAGAAAGGAGGAUAAUAAUCAAUAAUUUUAUGACAACCGAUGAUUCAACAAGUUUUCUCGAAAGAAAUGAGAAGAUAAUCGAAUGAGAGUAUUAAAGAACGUCGCGUUCGGAUCUAAAGACACAGAGAUGAUAAACAAUCAUCGGGGAUCUAUCAAUCAGAAAAUUAUUACGUUGAUCCGAGACCGGAACCGAUAAACUUGCAGGCCGAUUAGAUAAAAAAUAUGGCAGCUUGCCAUCCGACACCUGCCAUGCAACGCAUGCAGGACUCGACUCGGAUCAGUUACGGUACGAGUGCUCCAAAUCAGAAGACCCUUCAGCAGUCGACCUAUCCGCCGCACUUGCUCAAUUGGGUCUAUCUGGCCAUCGCCGAGCAAAAUCCAUCGCAACCACCCGAUCAGAGCAAGCUACUUCCUACAAUCUGGAACAAUUUUCCUGGCGCGUCGCAGACUUAUUUGCAUCAAGGCUCACUGAAUCCGUCCGGAUCCAUCAGACCAAUGAGAGGCAGUGUGGCGGAGAAUAUUGCGGAUUUGGCGGAACACUUUACGGAUUUAAGCUUAAACGAUAGGAAACCGACCAAGCGGCCGCCGUCAACAUAUCUGUGUCACUUGUGUUUCAAGAAAGGUCAUUACAUCAAGGAUUGUCCGCAGGCGCGACCGAAAGGCGAGGGUCUGACGCCGUAUCAGGGCAAGAAACGAUGUUUCGGCGAAUACAAGUGCCCGAAAUGCAAGCGCAAGUGGAUGUCGGGCAACAGCUGGGCCAAUAUGGGCCAAGAAUGCAUUAAGUGUCACAUCAACGUAUAUCCGCAUAAGCAGAGGCCGUUGGAAAAACCCGAUGGUCUGGACGUGUCCGAUCAAAGCAAGGUCCAUCCUCAGCACCUCUGCGAGAAGUGUAAAACGUUGGGUUAUUAUUGCAGGCGCAGCGCAAUAAUAACCUAAUGACAAUCGAAUUCCGUCCAAUUUAUUAAUCGCUUAAUCGAACUAAGGAAGAGAGAAAAUGUUCUAUCGAGAUGAAUUAAAAAAAAAAAAGACAAAUCUGAAAAAUCCAUCAUGUUCAAUAUAUAUGUUAAAUCGAGUUGAUACCGAUCAACUCGGAUACAGAUCUAGACAAGAUAGAUAAUGCUCAUCUGUCGCGAGAGAUUAAACGACGAACGAAUUUAUAUAUACAUAUUGCACGAGAGAAAUAAAACGGAUAUAUUUUUAUGUACAAUUACAAUUAAACGAGCUGUUUGUAUCGCACGAUCUUUAGUUAGGAUUGCGAUUUGAAAAGAUAUACUCUCUCUAUCCAUACUGAACAAUUAUCUACACAGAUACAAAGCGUACAAGAGUGCCAGCAAUGUAAUUUUUUUUUGACUUGUCGAUAUUUGACAACCGGCACACUGUCGCAUAUAGGAAAACGUGAGUGAGAAACGAGAGCGUCACAUUCUCAGGGAUAUAAUAUUUUGAUCCUUUAAGAAUUUUAAUAAUAAUUGUUAGCGAGCAGUAGUAACACACGAUCGUAAACAGAAGGUUCACACGUCACAAUAAUUUUGAGUUACAUUAAAUCAUGUCGUCAUCGAAAUAGUCUUGUUCAACGGAUCCAAGACAUGUAAACGUUAUAUGUAUAAACCUCUUAUUAUUCAAUAUAUUAUUUGCAUAUGUACAAAUUGGGCGAUAUCGCGAAACUGAAGAAACAUUUAAGUUGCAUAAGUUCAAUAAAUUACAAGCGAUAAUUGAAAUCGAUACAAUUAUGUUUGAAAUUCAGUUUUUGACUGUAGAUUUUUAGCUACGCAAAAGCGAUGCCUAUUUUAUCCGGAAACGGCGAUGAUGUAGAUAGUCAUUUCUCACAUAUCUCAAUAACAUUCUGAAACUGAAAUUGCAAAUUUUGAUUUCGAUCCUCGAUUAGCAAUCAGAGUCGAGUAGUUCUCUCCAAGAAUGGCAUUGAACAUGUACGAAUCAAACAUACAUGAUUAUCCAUACAGAUUAUCCAUACAUGUGAGAGAAGAAAAUUUUUUCUCACUUGCAGUUCUAAGUAGGAUUUGUAAAUGUUUAAGUAGAAUUUGUAAGAAUAGAUAGCUGAAAGAUAUUAUUCGGCUCGCAUCAUUCAGAAACACA